AUGACAGAUCAAGACCCAUUGCUGCAAUUCAAUUCAGACAAUUACUACACAAUGAACAUGGGUCCUACCCAGAACCAUAUGGCCAAUUAUGUCAAUCAAUUCGGCAGCAACCGUUUUCUGCCACAUCCUGGUGUUCAGGAAGAGGGAUUGUCACAUACACUGCACUACCAGGAUUUUGUGCCUGCUGAAGCCGCCGGUUUGCAACCUCCGCUGCGCUACCAUCAAAAUCAAAAACAGUAUCUUACCCAACACGUAAUGCCAUUCCAACCAGCAUGGUCGCCUCUGACCGUUAUCGGACAAUUCGAUGGAAUGAAUUACGGCAGUAUGAGCCCGCAGCCGUCCAUGAAUAACCCUAGUAUGGCUAUGCCAAUGCAAGGUUUACAUGUUGACAUGGAUGAGCCCCAGCAUUUUGGUCACCCAAAAUCAGCUACUCCAGAAUUACAACACAAUCCCUUCCAGACUCGAGGAGAUUUAAAUCGGGGUAUCAAACGACACAAUACCAUGCAAAUCAAACAGGAGGACACUCAGCCCGCUUCUUCCAACCACUCAGACAAUGGUGAUUCCUCUUCCUUCAAGCUAAGAAAAAGGCGACAAAAAUCUUCCAAACGUGGUGAUGCAGAUCCCGACUCACCACCUCCUUACCAAGAAGCUACGGUGUCAUCAAUUAAGGUCGACUACGAUCCGAAGAAACUUCAAAAACUCCUAGAUCUACAUCCUGCCACAAACAGACCCAGUGUGCAAAUUGUUGAUCAUGAAAACAAGCCCGUGGACAUAGUCUUCCGCGGGUUUCUUACGGGUCGUUUUUACACAAAUAAUCACGACAAUUUUAACCACAUAUCCGCUACCAGGGAAAUACCACGACUAGACGAACAGUACAAUGCGGAAGUCAUUUCGUGCUACAGGAGGAAUUUUAUUCGCAUCAGUGUCAACUUCAGAAGAUCAGGUGAGGGGAAUUUGUUGGCCAUACCAAACAAGGGCAUCAUAAAGAGAUUUCGUAUAGACGUUUUGGCUUUUGCAAAUGGCGAGGAUGCGAAACCGAUACCCGUGCUCAUCAACACACAGAAAGAGUCGAUGAAAGAUAGUAACAAAGGAUUUGCAGACGCUGUCUAUCCAGCCCUGAUGGAUUGCUCUCAUGAAGUUUCUAUUGCGGACAGUUCUGGAGACAAUUACUUCACGAUUAGAAAAGGACAGUUCAAGGAAGCCACAUCGAAUAGCAUGCAUGUCAGUUUUCAAACAUUCAACAACUUCUCUAUCAGAUUAAUAGCUGAAUUGAGAAAUGAGGUUGAGGAAAAAGAAGUGAUUGUUAAAGAGCUCAAGAGCUCUCCGAUUAUUGUGAGAGGUCGAAACCCUUCCUUUUAUCACAAGAGGGGCGAUGUCCUGAUAGAUAGCCGUCCAGCUAUCUCAAGAUCCAGCUUCGUCCUCUCCGAGAAAGAGCCAAACGAAUUUGGGAGAAAUGCUCUGCCCGUACUCUCGAGUGGACUGACUGAGCAGCAUGAGCGUCCUCCAGAUAGUAAGAAUUCUAGACUUCCAGACUCUCCAAGCGAUAACAGCUCAAGCGAACUAACAGCUCCAAAAAGCGCUUUCAGGCGACAUACGCCCACACCUAGUGGAGCUGCACUGGCUACCAAUUUGGGGGAUCUCUUGGAUCCUAAGUCAUUCGUUAAUGAUAAAGGGGAGCACACGAAGUAUAGAUACUUCCCUAUUCUGAGUGUGUACUACCUUCCACCCAUUAAUGUUGUAUACUUCCCCCACCGUGCUCACCAGCUGAAACAAGAGACAAAUAGUGAUGCGAAUGUCGAGGAAGACCGAACCACUCAUGCAACUACUACCUCCACAAGUGGAAAACAGGAGCGCAAGAAAUCAACCUCCAAAUUUUACUUUAGAUAA